AUGGCUCAACCCCAAUCCACAACGGAGCAAAUCAUCACGGAUGUUGGAGAAACUGAAACAACCUUAUUCUUAACACGCACCUACAGCUACAGAAAGCACACCGUUCAUAUAGAAAACAAGACGCAAACGGUGAUCUUACGGUGUGAUUUUGACGGAAGUCCAAAGCCCGCAGAAAUCGAAUGGGCUUUCAACGGAAACACGCUGAAAAAGGAUGCAUUAUUGACGGCUGUGAGGACACGCAAUGAGCCUGCUGCAGUUUUGGAAUACGAGUAUGAUGUUGGUUUGGAGUGGGAAUUUCCACGUGAGAAACUAACCCUAGCCAAUCAGCUGGGAGCAGGAGCAUUUGGAAAUGUCGUUUUUGCUGUUGCUGAAGGACUGCUAUUUGAAGGUGUUGAUACUCCAGUAGCAGUUAAAAUGCUGAAGGAUGAACACACAGAUGAUGACGUGAAAGAUCUGGUUUGUGAAAUGGAAAUAAUGAAAAAGAUUGGAAAUCAUCCUAAUGUCAUCAGUUUGCUCGGAAGUUGCACCAGGAACGGACCAUUGUUCGUAAUAGUGGAGUAUGCAGCCCAUGGAAAUUUGAAGAGCUUUCUCGAAGAUCAUCGAUCUGAAAGUACAACAACUCUCACCACCAAUCAACUUGUGUCGUUUGCGUCACAAAUCGCAUCCGGAAUGCAGCACCUCUCGUCGAUGAAGCUGAUUCACCGUGAUUUGGCCGCGCGGAACAUUCUGGUCAGCGAAGGACUCGUCAUGAAGAUCGCCGAUUUUGGACUAGCACGGGAUGUCCACAACCAGGAGUACUAUCGGAAGAUGACGUCUGGAAAGUUACCGAUCCGUUGGAUGGCCCCGGAAUCGCUGGAGGAACGAUUCUUCAACACAAAGACUGAUGUCUGGUCGUUUGGAGUUUUGCUGUGGGAAAUUAUGACGCUUGGACGAGACCCGUACCAGUUUGUGGCUGAUUGGCAAUCAUUUCUGGAAUAUCUGAAGCAAGGCCACAGGCUGGAGCAGCCGACGAACUGUCCGGACGAGAUUUAUCAACUUAUGGAGGCAUGCUGGGAGUUCAACCCGGAAAAUCGUCCGACAUUUGAACAAAUUAGUGCUGUGUUAGAAAAUACUAGAUUAGGGAAUAAUUUAGAUGUGGAGAGUGGUGAGUGUCUCGACUGA